AUGUUUGACAGAUUAUCAAAAUUUGCUUUCAGUUCUUUUUUUAACAAGUGCAACAAAACAAACAGCAUCAACAACAGCAACCCCAUUAACAACGACAAUAACGACAAUUGCUACAACAACAACAACAACGAAGAAGACGACGACGAAGAGAAAUUAGAAGAGGAAAUGAGUUUCAAAUACAUUCCCGCAAAGUCUAACAACCACACAACCUGCAACUACAAAAAACUGCAAACCACUGAAUUUGUCGGCAACAACACCGGCAACAACAUAAACAACUAUGGCAAUAAUGCAAAUGAAGAUGGCGAUGAGAGCGAUGACGGCAGCGAUCACGACCUCACCACAACCAGCAGCCCCAACAACGGCUUCUGUACAGUGGUCAUUGAAAACCCUCCUUACAGCAGCUGCAACACUCACAUGCACAACCACUUCGACCACAUUUCACACGAACGUCACCCUGACGUCACUGAAAAAACUGGUAACGAGGGAGAUGUUGUAUGCCAUGCUAAUUUCCAUAGUUGUAUUCACGCCGAUUUCAACAUGAGCGCAGGUGCCAGCAGUAGUGAAGCAAACAGAAAUAAUAACGAGAACAAUCUUGCUGAUGACAGCACUGUUAGUAACAAUUUUGUGGACAGUGCUGACGCUUCCGCAGCCACAACAUCUACUUCAACUACACCUAAUGCUACACUUUCUAUUACAAACAGUAUUACUACUACCAGCGUAAAUACUAAUUACACUGAUAAUACUGCUUGCAAUAAUAAACUGUUCGGUUUAAAAAUUAAAAGCUGUGUUAAUACAGAUACAAGCCAUAACAACAACAACAAUAACAACAACAACAACAACAACAAUAAUAAAAUUAAUAAAAAUAAUAAUAAAAAUAAUUUGAAAAAUGUAGCAGUUGCAACAGGCCAGCAAUCAUGUUAUUGUAUGAAAAGUCCAAAUAAAACGAAAUCUUUGCGAAUAAAUUUCAUCAGCAAAUUCCGAAAGAACCUGAAACGCUCGAAGAAGAGUUACUCCCCCGUGCGGACAUCCCUUUCGACGGGCACCGCCAUCACCUGCCUCGCCGACAACAUCUCUAUCAACAGCGGCCACAGCAACCGGAACAACAUCGCAGAUAACAACACAAACAACAGUAACGACCAAAAUACUCACGCAAAAAGCAGCUGCCACAACGACGACAGCUUCAACAACAUUCAAGUCAUUAACAACAGCCAAAAAGCUCAAACGAAAAGUAAAAAUAAUUGCAACAUAUCCAACAACGACAAAACUUUAAAAGAAAGCGGCAAAAUAAAAUCCGUCAACAACAAAAACAACAACAAUGAUGACGAUAAUGAUGACGAUAAGAUAGAGGUACUUAGUGACAUCAUUGCUUUCGAGGACAGCACAUUAAAUAAAAAGGCAACAAAAAAGAAAAAUUCGCAGUCUGGCUGGAAGGACUUCGAGGAAAACCGCAACAGAAGAAAACAACAUGGCGACCAGGGUGCGGCCGCAGUUACACUCAUCAAACCUCCUCAACUUAUAAAGUUCUCAAGAACAACGCUUCUAACUACAACGGCAACGACAACAACUGCAUCCGGCAAAAACAUCACAAACAUUGAGAGUGACGUCAGAACUUCGGUUGAGACUGCAGAUGCACAACAUCACAUCAACAUCGCAGGAAGCUUCUUUUCAGAGUGA